AUGUCGUCGAACCCGCCCGCAAUCCCGACCUCGUCCAAGGCUUCAGCGCCCUCUGGCCAGCUCUCGCCAGCGCAGACGCAGCCGGGCUCAGCCGCGACUGGCGACGGCUACGGCCAGCGACGCAGCGGCAGCAGCUUCGGCGCGGGGGCAGCUUCCCGCGCAAGUCCUACGCCCCGCAGCGCCCAGCAGGGUCGCAAGCAGCACAAGACCUCAAAACGCUUCGCCAGGGUUGACGACGAUGCCAUUGCAGAGUCGCUCAACAUGCGCCCGUUCAACAGUCGCAAAGGGCAGACCAACAUCACCCACCUCAUGAACUUCAGCCUCCCACCUCGCCCGCAGAACCAUCAUUCAAACGGCCACGGCAGGGGUUACCGGAGGAAUCCGACCUGGGGUCUAGGGUCUGGCUAUCACGCCACCGACAAGGCGAGGUAUGUGCAUGCCAACUAUCGCUUCAUUGUCGAUCCACGCGGCGACUACCGCGCUCAGAGCGUCGACGCCGAUAUCCAUCUUGACUGGAACAACGUCCUGCAGAUAUUGGCGUCUUCGCAGUCGCAGGAUGCGUCCUGCCCGAUAUGCCUGGGAACUCCUGUAGCUCCGAGGAUGGCAAAAUGUGGCCACAUAUUCUGCUUACCCUGCUUGAUCCGCUACAUGCAUUCAGAAGACGAAGGCAAGGGGGUUUCGGAGAAGAGGGCACGCUCGAAGAAGUGUCCAUUAUGCUGGGACAGUAUCUAUAUCUCGGAGACGAGACCUGUGCGCUGGUACAUGGGCCAGGAAGGCCUGCCGCCCCGAGAGGGUGGAGACGUUGUCCUGCGGCUAGUCAUGAGGUCAGCAGGCAGCACGCUGGCAAUGCCUCGCGACGGAGCUGAUGCUUUGGGCAAAGAGACGGAUAUCCCUUGGUACCAUGCCGCCGAAGUGAUGGACUACGCCCGCAUGAUGAGGGGUGGCGAGGACUAUAUGCUCGAGCAAUUCGACGCUGAGGUCCAUCAACUCAAGCAGCAAGAGAAGGAAGACGAGCUCAUGUUUGGGGAGGACAACAUUGAGUGGAUGAGGAAGGCGAUACGCUCUAUCCAAGAAUCGAAAGAGAAGGUCAAGGGUGUGGGUAAUCCGCCCCAAGAGCCGGCCAAGCCGUCUGAACCGAAGCCGAAGAAGGCACCUAUCGUAUUCCACGAGGUUGACGAAGACACGCCUACCAUGUACUCUCUCCAAAACGCUGCUAAAUCAGGCCAAAGCCUACCUUCACAGGCCCAUAUCCCUGUCCCAGAUACGGCUACUGGCGAUCAGCUCGUCAACGGGGCAGAUGCAAACUCAAGAAGAUUGUCGAUGUCAUCGCACUCAUCUAAAACAAGUCAUGGCCUUGGAUCUACCCUAGCUGAAAUACGCAAUCGCCAACAACAUGACACCCAGCAUACGCCAUCGGAAUAUUUCUUUUACCAAGCACUGUUACAUUAUUACCUCUCGCCGUUAGACAUUCGCAUACUAAAAUCCGCAUUUGGAGACUUUGCAACCUUUCCUUCGACUAUCUUACCACGAGUCGAGCGCGUGUCUACUGGUCACGUCAUCGACGACGAUCUGCGCAAGCGCACUAAAUACCUCGCCCACCUUCCGUACGGCUGUGAAGUGUGUUUCUUGGAAUGUGAUUGGACAGAUACGGUGGCACCCGAAAUAUUGGAAAAGUUCAAACCGGAAAUCGAAAAGAGGAGGAAGAGGCACUACGACAAGGAGAGCAAGGAAGAGAAGGCUCGGCUGAGGGCAGAGAAAGCCGAAUACGCAGAGUUUGCGGCGGCGCGGCGGAAGAGGAAUAGCAUAUCAGAACGGUUCUCGGCGGAAGACUUCCAGCCACUUGCUUCGGGAAGUAUACCUGUCGAAACAGUGGGACAAGCGGGCGAGGAGAGUGCUUCAACAUCGCCUCCGUGGCCACCAAGAAGAGGAGGACAGGGCUUUGCCUCGCUGGCCUCGCCUUCAACGAGCCCGUCUACAUCUCGCACUGUUUGGGGUACGGCGGCUAUCGCCGCAACAUCCCCUAUCAUGGCGCCUUUGGAACAUAACGCGCAGGACGAUGGCUGGUUGCAGGGUUGGGAGAAAGAUCUGCUAAAUGAAGAGGACGCUAUGGUUGCACAAGCGCAAGUUCUGAGUGUAGAGGACAGCGAGGCGCCUAAGAAACAGGCGGGAGGAAAGAAGAAGAAGGCAAAGAAGAUUACGCUCAUGAGCACCAACGCUAGGAGAGGUGCAUGA